AAACCUCCUGUUUACAAACCACCCGUCGAGAAGCCUCCUGUUUACAAGCCUCCCGUCGAGAAGCCACCUGUUUACAAGCCUCCGGUGGAGAAGCCACCCGUUUACAAGCCACCUGUUGAGAAGCCACCCGUUUACAAGCCUCCGGUGGAGAAGCCACCCGUUUACAAGCCUCCGGUGGAGAAGCCACCCGUUUACAAGCCACCUGUUGAGAAGCCACCCGUUUAUAAGCCCCCUGUGGAGAAGCCACCGAGCUAUCAACCACCACCUUAUGGUCACUAUCCUCCAUCUACAACCAAAAACUGAGUAUCCCAUGAUUUUUAGCCUAUCUUGUUACUCAUAAAAUAAAAGCAUGUUUUCUCUCAGUUUGUCACCAAUUGUUGUUUAGUAUUUUAUCUUUUUCGUAAUACCUCUGGCUUUGCGGUGUGUAUCGUGCAUGGCUAUUAUGGCUACAGACGAAUUGUAGUCUCCCAAAUGAAAUAUUGAUUAUUUAUAAUAAAGUUGUCUGAUUUGGCCUGGUCUCC